AUGGCUGAGCACUGCAAGAUUUCUCCUGCCAUUGUAGCCGAGUCCGAGGAAAGAUCGUAUGCCUUCAAGAUAGACGGAUACUCUAGAACCAAAAGGCUGAUCAAGGACUACGAGGGCGUGACAUCCCCCCCUUUCUGCGUCGGAGGUCACGACUGGAUCCUGAGGUACGUCCCCAAAAAUGGAGUUCUAGUGUCCGUCUACCUGGUUCUCGAUUCUGCCGAUGCAAAAGACGUGAAGGCGAAGGUCAGGUUCUGUUUACUCGACAAGGACGGCGUCCCAGUUCCAUCGUACAGCCACACCAUCCCUGAACAUGUCUUCCCAGGCAAAGGAUCAGCCUGGGGCGUCGUCAAUUUCAUCAAGCCGGAGGAUCUGGAGCGAUCGCCGCACCUGAUAGACGACUGCUUCACCAUCCGGUGCGAUGUCACCGUGAUGAAGAAGUUCAAAGGCAAAGAAAAUGGCCAGUUCGUUGUGGUUCCCUCGAGCGACUUGCACCGACAUCUCGGCGACCUUCUGAAGAGUGGGGAUGGAACGGACGUGACCUUUCAAGUCGACGGCAAGACCUUCUUGGCCCAUCGGUCCGUGCUCGCUGCUCGGUCGCCUGUGUUCAAGGUGCAGCUCUUCGGCGCCAUGAAGGGGAGUUCUGAUGAUCAGAUUAUAGUUGAUGAUAUGGAAGCCGACGUGUUCGGAUCCUUGCUCCACUUCAUAUACACCGACUCCCUCCCGCAGAUGAGUCAUGAGGGAGACAAUCAAGGUGUGGCAGCUAGCCACCUCCUUGUAGCGGCGGACAGGUAUGAUGUUCAGAGGCUGAAGCUUAUCUGUGAGGAUAAACUGCGCAGCUACAUUGACUCCAGCACUGUGGCGACCAGUUUGGUUUUGGCUGAGCAACAUAGCUGCCAUGGUCUCAAGGAAGUAUGUUUGCAUUUUCUCACUUGUCCUUCCAAUUUGGAGGCGAUGAUAGCAAGCGAUGGCUACGAGCAUCUCAAAAGCAGUUGCCCAUCUGUUCUCAAGGAGCUGAUUGCUAGACUCCUGCCUGCUGAACUGAAAGCGGCAAAGGAUAUUUUGAUGGCAAUUUAG